AUGCCACCAAAGGGAUGGAGAAAGAACGCAGAGGGUCAAUACCCUCAACCAAACAAAGAUACAGAAGUAGUAUCAAUCGAUGAAAUCUUAUUCCCCAAAGCAACAAUUCAAAAACUUGCCAAGGCAAUGAUUGUUGAUGAUGAAAAUAAUUCCAAUAAUAUGUCACUUGCAAAGGAUUCCUUACAGGCUUUACAAAGAUCUGCUACUGUUUUCGUAUCACAUUUGUUAUUUCAUGCUCGUCAGGUUUCCAAGGAGGCUAAUAGAAAGACAGUGAGUGCACAAGAUAUGUUGGCUGCGAUUGAGAAGGCGGAAUUUGGUGGGUUUAUACCGGAGAUUAAGCAGAAGUUGGCAUCAUAUGAGGAAGUCAUGAAUGAAAAGAAGCAGCAGAAGGCUAGUGAAAGGAGCGCUAUGUCGGCUGAAUCUGUAGCUGAGGGAGAUGAACAAGUAAGUUCGAAAAAGAUUAAACUUGACUCUGUGGUCCUGGAAGAUAGAACGGAUGUUGAAGUAAUCGAAUCUGGAGAAGACGAGGAAGAAGAAGAAGAAGAAGAAGAAGAAGAAGAAGAAGGAGAGGAUGAAGAAGUAAUUGAGGUUAUCGAUGAUGAAGACGAAGAGAUCGAAGAAGAUGAAGUUGAAGGUGAUCAUAUUCAAGGUACAGACAACAAUCCAAUUACAGUGCUAUCCAAGGAAGAAGGUGAGCUUCAAGGUAGCGAACCAGAAGAUAGAAAUACAAGUGCAGAUGAAGAUGAAGAUGACGAUGAUGAAGAUGACUAG